AUGCUCGAGGGUCUUGAUAGCAAUUCAAAUAAAGCUGACAAGCUUGUAAAUGUACUACAGACUACUCUUGAUGCCCACACUAAUCCUGAUGCAUAUCUACAAGAAGUGUGCUCAGCAUUGAAAGAGAAAGGACAGAAACAAAUUGUUGAUGUAGUGAACGAAUUGGAACAUGCAUUAUUCAUUUCAACAAUGCAAUCUAUUGACAGCAGCAGUGCUAGUGUUCCUACUAAUAAACCUGAAGACACUCCAGCUUCUAAUAGAAUACAAGGAAGAUUAGAAAAAUGGCUAAAAGAAGGAAAAGUUGAGCUAAAAGUCACUCGUAUCAAUAUGCAUGGUGCACCUGGAGCUGGUAAAACAUGUUCACUACACCUCCUACUUAAUGAGCCACCGCCAGCUUCUACUGAUAGUACACCAAUAGCUUGUCGUGCUGUUCAAGCAACAAAAAUAUCGAUUGAUGAUAAAAAUAAGUGGGAGAGGGUUGAAAUUAAAGAUUUACUCAACCAGCUAGCGUCUCAUUUAGCAGAAGCACCAGCAUCUUCAGAUGAUGUAUCUGAUUGUUCAGAUAAAUUAUUACUGGAAGAACCACCCAAGAAGAAACCAACCGAUAUAGAAGUAAUGAAAGAAAUUUCAAAUGCUCUUGAAACUGGAAAGUUUCAAAAACUAAGCACAAAUUGGGUUUAUUUUAUUGAUUCCGGUGGUCAACAAGCAUAUCGAGAGUUGCUACCUCUUUUUACAAGAGCAGCUGCACUGAAUAUAAUCACCAUUGAUCUUACCAAAGGUCUCGAUGAGAAGUGCAAGUUUCAAUAUCACAUUGAUCAGCAUAUGUAUCCUAUUGAUACAGAUCUGAAGUAUUCGAAUCGUGAUAUAAUAUGCUCAACAAUUAGCUCCGAGGCUAUGUUGAAUCCCAUUGAGAUUCCUUACGUAUCUGACAUGCCUGACCAUCCUCAUUAUUUUAUACUUGGUACACGUAAAGAGUUGGUAACUGAUGAAAAGCUAAAAGAAAUGAAUGAAAGUCUGAGAGAAUAUAGAGCUAAUGAUAAAGUCAUGAAGCAAAAUGAGCGUCAAGGUUCAAUUAUAUUUCCAGUUAAUACGUUGCUCCCUGCUGGGUCUAAAGAAAGAGAAGAAGCUAGUGUAGAGCUUUGUACUGCAAUUUCAAAUUGUGCAGUUGAAAUGAGAAUUGAGUUACCAAUUCGAUUGCUUACUUUUGAGAUUUCAUUACAAAGGGAAGCUAAGAAGAAGGAACGAAGUUUUCUUACAAAAGAAGAAGCAAUUCAGAUUGGUAAGUCUCUUCGACUUGAUGAAUCAGAUAUCGAUGAAGCUCUGCGAUAUUUACACAAUGUUACUAUCAUUCUUUAUUAUCAUGAAGUUCUACCAAAUAUAAUAUUUGUUGAUCCUAAACCAAUUCUUGACAUCCUUUCACAUCUAAUAGCUAUCACAUGCGUUGACCGUACCAAAUUACAUCUGCUUGCAAACCCACCUCCUUCACCAGAUGAAAUGAAUAAUCUCAGAAACUUUGGCCUUUUUAACAAAGAUAUUUUUAGAAUUAUUGGUAAGCAAAUUUUUUUGCAUAGUAAUUUUAAAACGUCUCACAUGAUCAAGCUUCUAAGACACCUCCACAUCAUUGCUAAAGUUGAAAACAGAAAAGAAGGAGACUAUUUCUUUCCUUGUGCAUUACCAUCCUAUGACAAGCUCAAUCCUGCCUCAAAAGUAGUAAGACCACUUCUCAUAGCAUGGGAGAUUCACAAUAGGGGCACAACAACUCUAGCCAUCCCUCAAGGAUUAUUUCCUUUAACCAUUGUACACCUUUUGGAGAAAAAGGAUAAAGUAGACUUCUGUCCAGUAGGCAAAGGAUUUUACAGAUGUCAUGAUGCCAUGUCACUUCGUAUUUACAAAGAGUACACUAUAGACAUCAUCAAUCGCUAUACACAUAUUGAAAUACGUUUUUAUGAUUGCAAGGAAUUUUGUCCUCAAAUUCGUGAAUUAGUCACAGAUGCUAUCAAAGAAGCAGCAAAGAUCUCAAUGUUGAUGAUGAUCAUAUUUUUGCAUUAAAAUGCCCCAGCGAAAAUGAACAAUGUUACUGUAUUGUUCAGGAAGAUAAAUCUUCUGCCAGAUGUACUCAAUGUCGACCAAAAUGUGAUGUACUAAAAGGUGAUGAUGAUAGCUAUAGUUGCUGGUUUAAUAAUCCUCAAUUACCCAGUCCAGGAGCUGAAAGUCCCUCUACUAAAAUGCAACCCACUAAAUUAUUAGAUACCAGUAAUCUUAUUGAUGUACUUGAUGUACUGGAUGAUCAUGGAUAUUCUGGUGUCAGUUAUUAUAAACUUGGUCUUUGUCUGGGACUGCACCCUCGCACACUUGAUGUUAUUAAAGAAGAUAACAAAGGAUAUACUAAGAGCUGCCUAAGGAAAUGUUUGACAGCAUGGUUGGAACAAAGAGAUAGUGUAAUGAAGAGAGGUGUUCCAACUUAUGAUACAUUAAUACGAGCAUUGAGGAAGAUGGGAGAGAAUGCUGCAGCUGAUGGGAUUGAAAGAG